UUAAAGAGAAAAGUCACGUCUGGGAUGUUCCAACUAUACGGAUGUGGGGGUGUGCAGGUUCUAUUUCAAGUAACCAGUGUUUUAUUACGUGAAAAAUCUUAAAACACAUGUAGAUAGGUCACAGGUCACUUGAAGUGCUAGAUCACGCGAUGACAUUGACAGUGUCUGUACUGAAACAACAUGGCACUGUCUGAAAUUCUAGUAAAUGUUUCCUAGUAAAUGUACUUACAUUGCAAAAGAAAUGGAACAGUCUUGUUGACUGCAUCAUCUUUUCUGUCUACCUUGUUCUGGCCGUGUUAAUACGCGCACACAUUCCAGCCAAUGGAACGGAUUACACUUCUGUAAGCCAUGAACCCUAUAGGGACAUUCUAAUUUUAUCCCCUUGCCUGCCAGGGAUCUGACAAGACCUUUAAACCCAUUAGGGCAUACUGGUACAUGCUUUAACCAGGCUGGGUACGUGAGGGUCCCCCACUUACCAGACACUAGUGGGUAUCGAAUUCAGGGUGAGAGGUCAGGCCGUGGCGUGAGGGACAGAGAGUUCGUUCUGGAGCCAUGAGGAAGAUGCUGGAAACGUGGACGCCUCCGUCCUUCCGGAGGAGUCUGAACUUGACUCCCAGGUCCUCGCCGCGCGAGUCGCCGCUCGUGUCGCCUGCCAUGUCGCCCAACUCGUCACCCAUGCCAGUCCAUAAGGACCUGAGUGCCUUUGCCAUGCCGUACCUUGAGGAGGGGCGAGAGUCCAGCCUGUCUCCGGACGGGGAGGUGGCCAGCCUGAUGCCGCCCCGCGACCAGGUCAUGUCAGUGGAGGCCAGGAGGGUGGCAGGGGACAUGGCCCAGUAUCGUGCAGGAAGGCAGCUUUCCGCGCCGCCCAAGAUGGAGAUCAAGCAAGUGUACGGCCGUCCGACCACACCGCAGGACAAACCUGACAAAACCUCACCCAAAAGCCCCUCCAACAAAAAGCGUAAGUAUACCGUGCCGUUAACCAGCAAAGGCAAGCGUGCUGAUAUAGCUGAAGAAAAAGAAGCUCUUGUAUCUCAUGUUUGGCUCUGCAUAGCUUUUCUUGACAAUACAGAAGAAAAGUAGCGAAAAGCUAG